AAUGGAAACUAAAGAAGCAUUCAUUAAACAUGUUCAGACACAACAUGAAAAGGUUAUUGAUGUCUUAAUUAAUUUUGAAGGCAAUAGUAAUGAUGAGGUUAUUCAAAGGUUAAAGUCUAAAAAAUAUAUUAUUUCUCCAACUGAAAUUAAAGAUGAGAAGAUGAAUGAAGAGUGCAAGAAAUAUUUGAAAACAUUCAAAAAAGAGGAAAAUGGUUUAAAAGACUGUCUUCAAGAGAUUUAUGAAGAAAAUUAUCCAUCCUACUUUAUUGAUGAACAAGACAACGCAACUGUAAAAAAUACUUUGAAAGAAAGGAAAGAUAUACUGAAAGGCAAACAUUUAUUUAUAACAUUUAACAAUAAUGACGAGCACGAUAACUUUGAUAAUCAGUUUAUGAGAAUCUUUGAAAAGAAAUUUAAUGUAGUUGUAAAAGUAUUCAAACCAUUGAUAUUAAUUGAUGGAUGUUCAAAAUUAUUAGGACCCUGUAAAAAGGCGACACAAGAAAAGAAAAUUAAAUUAUAUAGUACAGAACCGUCAUGUCUUGAACAUAGCUCAAAGGAGGAGUGCCCUAAUCAUAAAGAGUAUAUUAAAUCACUUAAAAAAUCAUUUCUCCCUAAAGCGAUAUUGCAGAAACAAAUUAUACAAGCGGAAGAUAAAAUUCCUGAUUUCUAUUUAAUUUCAAUAUUAAUAGUAAUUGGCGGUGAAAUAUACAAAACUCUACAAGAAAUAUGCAACAUACUAACAGUGAAAAAUCAUAGAAUUGAUAAAAAACCUAAUGUAUUUAUCAUUAGAAAAUGUGGAAAAACAUCAUUAUUUCUUUAUAGAUUUAUUUCUAUAAUUAAAUCUGAAAAGGCAGAAAGUGAAAUUUCCGAUUUAUGGAAAAAGAAGAUAAAAAAUCUUACAAUGACAAAAAAAGUAGAUGAAUGUUUUGAAUUGUGUAAAACAAUUUCUAAAUACAAAGAUCAAAUUCAUAUAGUUAAUUUAUAUAAAGAAGAUUUAAAAACUGCUAUUGAAGAUGCCUAUUUCAACAAAUUAAAUGAUGAUGAUCAAUUUGAAUUGGCAAUCCGCGGGGAAUUACUCAUAAACAGUUUAAGGAAGAUUUUGAUCCUUACAUUGAAAAAGAAAAAUUUCAAAAUUACCAAGAAUUCUUUACAGAUUCCUUAA